GAUCUAAAAAUUUUGGCCAAAAAAGUUCUGAUCAUACAUCUUCUGAACAACAUAAAGAUGCAAUAAGACUUGAUGCUGCUGAAACAAUAGUUAAUAACGAAUUAGAACAAAUUACUGAACAAAAUAAAAGUCAUAUAAUUGAA